AUGUCUAAACCUGUGGGUCUUGGUACAUCCUCAUCUUUCUCAAAUCUGAGUAAUCCCUCAAUGUCAUCAACAACGAUGAAACUGAUGUGUCUGAACAAGGUGGGUUUCAAUGGAGAGAGAAAUGGGGACGGAGAGAAGAAACUGAUGGUGGCGGUAAAGGCAUCGGCGGCUGUUUCCAAGAGGGUGUUGGUGGUUACCAAACGAAAGCCAUGGAAGUUACUUGUUCAGAUGUUCAUUGAAAAGGUUAUAAUUGACUGCCGAUUCUUUACAAUGUUGGCAGUUGCAGGAUCCUUGCUUGGUUCAGUUUUGGGCUUUGUAGAGGGUUCUUUUAUGUUUGUAGAUUCAUAUUUGCAGUAUUUCCAUGCACUUUCAGAAAGAUCAGAUCAAUCACAUGUGAUACAGCUACUAAUUGAAUCCAUAGGAACUGCAAUGCUUGUUUUUGGGAUGGCAUUGCAUGUCAUGUUUGUGGGAUCGAAAGGAAAAGGGUCUCAGCUUCCAGGUCAAACUUGUUGGGCUUUUCUAUCUCAAGGUGAAGCUACACUGCCAUCAUGGGUAGGAACCCAGUCAGUUAAGCAAGCCAAGUCAAACAUUGGGCAAGCUAUGAUGAUGAUACUUCAAGUAGGGAUGUUGGAGAAAUUCAAGAGUAUACCUUUGGUUACUGGGUUGGAUCUUGCUUGUUUUGCUGGAGCUGCCUUUAUUUCCUCAGCUUGUAUCUUUCUUCUCUCCAGACUUUCUACUGGUGAUACUACCAGCAGACAGGUAGCUAAGGGAUAUCAAAGUUCUCUGCUGCAUAUGUUACUAACACACAAGAGAAGCAAAACCUUGUCAGAUCAAUAUUUUUUAAUAGCUUGGAUGUGGACUACACUGCCCAAAAGGCCAAAGCAAAGAGAUCACACUUGUAACAACAGAGCAAUAACAAACAAGGCAUAG